AAUUUACUAAAAGGUUUAAAAUUAAAAAACUUAGGAAAGAUUUAAUUCUAUGCCUUUUUGAACAAGAAUUCUACCUUUUUGAGUAACAAUUCUACCUGAAAAACUAGCAAAUAUACAUUAAAGCUUUUAGAUCCCUUGUUGUAAAGGGGGAGUAUAUAUGUAGUUAGGGUUUGAGGAAGUUGUAAGGGAAUUUGUUUUUCAAAAUGACUCUUAUAACUUAGCUAUUAGCAUAAUCUACAGCUCUUUAAAGAUAGUCCCUGGUCUAAUGUACUAUAAGCACUAAGGAACACUUAUUCCCUAUACUUGCCUUAGCUCUGUGAAUAACCAUCCAAUAUUUGUCCACUAGAUUUUAUUACCACCUAUUGCUACUCAUAGUAGCUAGCAACAGGAGCAAUAUAUGUUAUAUAUAUAUAUUCUGCUUUAAAAACCACCUAGGAGCUUGUCAUGUAACUCUGUAGUAGAGCAGUUUCCUAGGAUGCAUAAGACCUAUGGUUUCAUUGCCAGUUCUGGGGGUAGAUGUCCAAACUUGGUGUCUUAAAAUAACCAUUUUAUUCUCAUGAAUUCUGUGGUUUAGGAACUUGGACAGAGUACAACAUGAAUGGCUUUUCUCUGUUGCAUAAUAUCUUGGGACUUGGUAAGAAAACUAAAGGCUAGAAAUAGCUCUAGCAGCUCAGAAUUAUAAUCAGUAAAAGUCAUCUUCUCAUGUGGCUGGUGGUUGGACUGAGAAACUUGAAGCCACAACUAGAUGAACUAUUGACUAGAGCCAUCUACACUUUACACUUGGCUUGUCUAUGUCACUUGGAUUUUCUUAUGGCAUGUUGGCUAGAUUCUGAAAUUGGGUAUUCCAAAACAAAGCAGCAUUGAGUAAUCAUGUAGCAUUACUUCUACAUUUUCUUGGUGCUAAGUGAGUUAUUAAAGCCAUAUCAAAAGGUCAUCAAGGAUUGCUUAAGUGUUUUAAUGAAGGAUUGGCCUUGAGUCAGCAAUUACUGGCCAUUAGAAUGGCUGUCUUUAGGAUCAUGUAUGAAUGUCUGUUGUCAGAAUUAUUAGUAAAAAGUCUCCAGUGAGCAAAGACCUGAGUGCCAGCAUGUGUCAUAAUGCUGUGUUCUGGCAACAAAGUACAAACAUUGGUCUUUUAACUUGGCUUUCAUGUCAUCAACUCAGAAUUGUUCAUAUCGGUGCCUUUCGGCCAACACUACCAGAAACCUAAACAUGUUGGGUGUGUUGCAUUUAGAGAGAACAUGUACCUUUGGGGCACUGUGAAGUAUAUAUCAAAGGGUGUUGGAACAUAAAAUAUAAUUUGGGUUUUUGUUGGGCAGUUUGGAGGAAUGGUAUGACACUGGAAGGUCACUUUGGAUUGGGUAUUGUCAGAAAGUAAGGGUAGUUCUAUAAGUAUUAAAUCUUUAGGGAAGAGUGUGGAUUAAGUUGUACUUGUUUUUGAAAAUUCAGUCCUUCAGCAAGAGAGGAUGUUUGAUGAGAAAGUAACAAACCUGUUGGUGACAAAAUCAGCUCAAACUGAAAAGAGAAAAGUACCUAUACUGUUAGGUUGGGAGGACAGACAAAGCCAGCUGCAAAGUUAACAGAAAAUAAUUUUCUUCUAUGGUCCUAUAGCAGCUGUAAAAUGCCAUUAUGACCCCCACUUUGUGUGACUACUGCUUUGUUAAUAAUGAAACCCUGAGAACUAUUUCUGCCCAUCUGUUACUUGGGAUAUCCAGUUGCUUAACUUCUCUUGACUCAUGACAGCACCUAAAAUCUAGUUAAUCUCCACUUCUAGUCUUUUUUUUUUUUUUUUUUUUUUGGUACUGGGGAUUGAGCCCCCAGGGCUGCUUAUCACUGUGCUACAUCCUGAGUCCCUGUUUGUUUGAGACAGGGUCUUGCCAAACUGCUGAGGCUGGCCUAGACUUGUGAUCCUCUCACCUCAGUCUCCUGAGUCACUGGUAUUACAGGCAUGCACCACCCUGCCUGGCUUGCGCUUCCAGUCUUGCUGCAGAAACAAAAUCCCACCCAAAACCUUCCCUUAUAUGUCCUCAGAAUCCUUCAGCAGAAAUUCAAACCUUACCAAAGAUGGCUUUGUCCUCCCCCUAGUGGAAUAUACCAUCUUCAGUUCCCCUGGUUUGUGCCUCUUUGCUUGCAAGUUAAUAAUUGAUUUUUGCUGGAUGAUAGUCUUAAGCCUAGUGGUCUUUGGUUGACUAGACUUUAGCAGUUGUAAAUAAUUUAAGCUCAUGUAUGCUGUUGCCCUAUUGUGUCACCCUGGCAAAACACCAACCUUGGAGGAACCCAACAGUGCUGUAAAGCAUGUUUUCUGUAGGUUUGUACUAUUGUAAAUUCACGAUCACCAUCUUCAGUUAGGUUCUCAGCACUGCCAAUCAUCUGUUUUUAAUUUCUGUUUAAGUGCUUCAUAUCCUUUCCACUCUUAACAACCCCUUCAUCCUCUGAUUACUUCUGCCUGAGCUAACCCUGCAUCAUCUAUUGAACAUGUCAUUCCAAUGAAGAAAAGAGAUUUGGCCCUGGUAUUUCUCUCAAACUAUAAUUCUAUGCCUACUUCAUAGACUUCUCAUUUUCUCCAUUCCCUUGUCUCUUACUUGAUCUUCAAAUCCACUAUGCCUCUCCACUAUAUACAAUGAGCAUCACUAUUGUCAUGAGCAACCUCUACAUCACUAAAUUCAGUAAACAAUUCUUUUUUUUAUAUAUUUUAGUUACUGAUGGACCUUUAUUUAUUUGCUUAUGUAGCACUGAGAAUUGAACCCAGGGCUUCGCACAUGCUAGGCCAAGUGCUCUACCACUGAGGCACAACCCCAGCCCCAGGAAACAAUUUAGCUUGUCUUCUGGCAGUGCUGACACAAAAAUUGAAAAUCUCUAAUUAUCUAAGACAUAAUAACUUGCUUUCUAUUUUAUUAUUUUCCUCCUCAAUUCUUUUGUGGGCUUCUAUUGACCUAAUCUGUAAGUAUUGGUGUUUCUCAAAGCUCAGUACUAACCACUCUCUUUUUCUCAUAUUACAAUGUUCUAGGACUGUUCAUCCUCUCCUGUAGCUGCAGUUAGUACCUAUCAGCCAGUAACCUAUAGAUUUGUUUGUAUCUCUUGAUUCCAGACUUUUAACUAACUUACCAUUUCCACCAGGUAGACUUAGAAAAUUGAAGUCAUGCUAUCCCUGAAUUUAUUCCUCCCUCUCAAUGGUGGCCCUGCAACCUUUCCACUUGCUCCAAUCAGAAACCCUGGCAUUAUUUUGUACUCCUACAUCUCUCCCUCAAGUUCCAGGUUCAAUAAUCCCCAAGAAGAGAGUGGAGUUCCUAAAUAUUUCUUGGAGCUGUGCUCUCUUUCCUUACUGCCUAGGUACUAAGUUCUAUUUUCUCUCCUGAUGCUUUUUCAAAAGCUUUCUAGUGAUUUUGCCAUAUUGCUCUUGCAUCCUACAAUCUAUUCUCUUAAGCAGUUACAAGAUCUUUCAGAAGUGCAAGUAGGAUCACAAAAUCCUUCUUUAGUAGAAUUUCUAUUCAAGAAGUUUUUAGACAUUGAAGGAGGAAAUGGUGGGGAUGGAAUAGAACUAAGCACUGUAUAGUGCCAUUCGACAUUUUAUACUUCACAGAAGACAGAUCAAUUUGCAUAUCAGUCUUUUAGAAAUGAAGGUGAAUUUAGGAAGUUAGAUGUCUUCCCAUCAGUCGGUUUUGCCACCUUUGCUUAAAGUCCUUGCAAUAAACAAGUAUACUUCAAUAAAGCUGUUUUAAAACAAAAAUCUGGGCCAGAAAGAGACGUGCUCUUUUCCUAAUAGUCCACAACUCAAAUCCAUAAUGAUCUGGCCCCUGCCCACUAAACACACUCCAGGCUUCUCUCCCCAUUAGACCUCUCUCCGCCCUAAUGCUGCUUAAAGGAGCUUGCUUUCAGCCAUACUAUUUAAAGGCAAACAUAGUAUGUUCUCGGUAAAUUCUUGUUAAUGGUAAUUAGUAAAUAUAGUUGGAAGACAUUUUCUGAUGCUUUAUGAGGAAGAGGCCAAGUUUUGUAAGUUUUUUUUUUUAAUCAGCUUUACUGAGGGAUAUAAUUGUUGUUUAGGUUAUUUACAUAAGGAUCACUCCGCUGACACCACCCUGGUGGUUGGUCAGUGGUUGGCUGCACCGCUACAAGGCUGUCGCUUACCAACAUAAGUACAAGCAGCUCCCCUUCCGAGUCACGUAUCGGAAGUGAAGGCCGAAGGCGCGCAGACCAGAUAUCCGUCUGAGAAACCCCACCCUCUCCCGCGCUUCCUGCCCCUCCCUUUGCAGGUAGCGAGCCGGGGUGUGGCCCGGGACUCGGGGCGGGACUUCCGGUUUUUCUUGUUCCGGAGACGUAUAGCUGCUUCCCUGGCGCCGAGGUUCGAACCGCUGUAGUUUCCCCUUGUUCCUAGUUGUCGCCGUUGGCGCUGCCGCCCAUCUCCCGUUGCGGGGAUUUAACCACAAAACUUAUCAGCCAAAACCCUCUUCUGUGGCCCAAGGCCUCUGCAACAGAUUGUUUUCCUUCAUCAAGAAUUUUUUUAAAUUCAAGAAGUGUUCCUGAAGAAGCAGUCGUGGGCAGGCGCGGACGCUGUGCGGUUCAAGCUUUUUGACAAAUUAAAACUCAAAGAGACCUCCUUCCCACAACUUGCAGCUCAGAACUGCUGUUCUCGCCUUGAAAGGACUUCUUACCCUGUUGUAAUGGCAGCCGAAGUGCAAAUGGUACUUUAUGAAGAUGAUUCAGUGCAGGUCCAGUAUGUUGAUGGUUCCAAAUUACAGCUUUCUCCCUGUGGCUCUGAAUUUUUAUUUGAAAAGUCACCUCCUGUUUCAGCACACCCUUUAGAACAACCAGAAAGAAUUCGUCAAAGGACACACUUUGUUAUUAGCACUUACCGAGAGCAACUACAGCGAGCCCUAGAUUUUCGAAACUCUUCAGCUUCUUGCCUUUUUUUAUCUGAAAGCAUCAUACCUUCUGAAAGAAAAAAGUGCAUCUUCAUUGACAUCUCUGAAGUCAGAUGGCCCAGUCUCGAUCCAGAUGAUAGCAUGAUAUGUACAGAGAGUGGCACUGUGAAGAUAACAUCUUUAGAUGGUCAUGCAUACCUUUGCCUGCCCAAAUCUCAGCAUGAAUUUACAGUGCAUUUUUUGUGUAAAGUUAGUCAAAAGCCAGAUUCAUCUGUAGUAUUUUCAGAAAAAAAUAAUCAAGCCCCAAAAGGUAGACUAGUUGAAAAAAACAGCAAAAUCUGUACAUAUGGGGCUUUAUCAGAACAAAGACUGAAGAAUAAAGAAAAUGAGCUUUAUUGCCAGGUCUUAAAAUCCAAAGAAACUUUAGGGAAGAUGAACUGUAUAAAUGGAAGUGAAGAAAGGGGAGAGCUGCCUUUUCCUGAUACAAAUCACACAUAUGUAUACACAUGGGUAAAGCAGUGCUGGUCUGUCGCCUCCUGUCCAGAGGAAUGGAGAUACCCUUUGUCUUUAGCACUUCAUUUUCAAAAUAAAGUUAGCAACAUGUCUAAAACUGCAGAUAUCACGAGUAGAAUUUUAACUUCUGACGUUUCAGAGGAAAGAAGAAAAGAGGUUUCUGUUCUUCCCAGGACCCUGUUACUUAGCUGUUCUGCCCCACACCUGCACAGGUGGAAUUUUUGUGAUUCACUUGCACAGAGAGAGUCUGGUGAAGAAUAUUCCUAUCCUGAACUAGUGAAAGUGGUUUGGUAUAAGGGUGUCACAUAUAGGCUUACUCAUAAAAAUGUAAACUCAAUAGAGAUUUAUCCUGGAGAUGGAUCUGUUUUCAAAUCAGAGGGAGCCUAUUUGGGGAACUAUUUUACAUAUUAUCCUAGUCCAGAAGGAUCAGAAGAGAGAGAAGAGAAAACUUACUCAGUAAAUAACCUUCCUCCAGAUAGACCAGGAAAUCCGUUCUCUGUGUGUUCUCUGAUUAAACAGGCCACCAGAAUUCUCCAACAUUGUGCCAAGACGAGACUUUCUUUAAGUCAUAACUAUUGCAUAUGCUGCUGGAAAAUGAAAUCUGGAAUAGAUGAUAGCAAUAUAUUGCCUUUGCUUUUGCAAGAAUCAUUCAUACCCAACAUGGGAAGAUUUCUUGCCUACUCUGAUGACAAAGUACAUGCUAUCUUUGUAGAUGGCAUUACUGUAACCCUAAAUUGGAAUUUCAGCUCUUCUGUUGAAAAAAGACAGGUGAAUCAAGGUCUCAAGUUAGGUUGGUGUAAGUUAACUUUUCCUGAUGGACAAGAUGAGUUAAUUGAAAUUGAACACCCUGGACCAUAUGAAAGAUAUGUGACAACAGUAGCAUCAUGGUGCAGAAGACUUACCCAGAUUAGUCCAAGAGAGAUGCUCACACAUCCUUCAGCUUUUAUUCCUGAAGAAAAUUGGUCUGUUGCUUCUGAACUUGAAAAGAUACAGAAGUUUAACUUGCUACUGGAGAAUAGUGGUAUCCUAAACCAGAUUUCUAACAAGAAAAAUGAACAGUCUUCUGAUUAUUAUAAACCAAGAUCUUCAGAAACCUUGCUAGAAGAAUUUAACGAAAAGAAAGUAUCAGUAGCAUUGGAAAAAACUUCCAAAAUUCUUCAGGAUAUUGAUUGUCUUUUAUCAAACUCUAAAAAGUGAAAAAUGGAAUUAUUAUUAAAUCUUGAGGAUGUUGUUUCAAAUGACUGGUACAAAAUUAUUAGUAAGCCAAGAAAUUGCAUGUAUUACUUCUACAUGACUAUGAGAAUUGACAAUUAACUUUGGUUGUAUUUUACCUAACUUGCAAAAUUUUUAAAUAUACAAUAAAUUUUAUUAAUAAAGAACUAUUUUGAACUUUCA